AGCUGCUGCCUCCGUGUAACCCGGGGCUCCGAGCUGAGCAGCUGCUGCUCCCCGGGGUCCGUGCGGGGGGAGCCCGGCAUUAACUCCUCCAUGCCCGGCCGGGGGGGGGCUUUCUCCAGCUGGGACCCGCCCCCUGGGCAGCCCCGGGCCGGAGCCCCCCGGCUGCAGAAUGAUGUCCAUGUUUCACUCCAGUUCAUCCCAGCCUCCCAUGGGACAGGGGAGAGAAAUGGCUGCAGAGGGGUCAGUCCAGGGGUCGGUGACCUUCGAGGAGGUGGCUGUGUAUUUCACCACGGAAGAAUGGGCUCUGCUGGACCCCACUCAGAGAGCCCUCUACUGGGAUGUCAUGCAGGAGAACUAUGAGAACGUGACCUCGCUGGGGUUUCUAGUUUCCAAAUCUGAUGUGAUCUCCCAGCUGGAACAAGGGGAAGAGCCCUGGGUCCCAGACCUCCAGGAUUCAGAGGAAAGAGAGAUCCUGAGAGCUCCUUGCACAGAUGAGGAAACAUUAAACCAACUCAGAAUCUCAGGUGAUGCAAUGGUAUGUGAGAAAGAGGAGCAGAAUUCUCAGCAGGAAAACGUUGAGCAAGUGGAUAAACACAGAGCAUUAUCACAAAGAUCAAAAAGAAAUGUGUCCAGGAGUUAUGAGAAGGAAAAAUCCUGUGAGAUUCAGCACAGACCAGAAAGAGAGCAAGGACACCACUCAGGGGAGAAAGUGGGUAAAUUUAUUUCCUGUUGGGGAACUCAGGAGAGUGUCAAGGAAACCACAACACAGCAGGAAAUCCUCAUGGGAAAGAGGAAAAAUACAUGCAGUGAGUGUGGAAAAUGCUUCACUCAAAGAUCAGCCCUUUCUGUACAUCAGAGAAUCCACACAGGGGAGAGGCCCUACGAAUGCCGUGAGUGUGGCAAAAACUUCACUAGCAACUCCGACCUUUCUAAACAUCAGAGAAUCCACACAGGGGAGAGGCCCUAUGAAUGCCGUGAGUGUGGGAAAAACUUCAUUAGCAGCUCAGUCCUUUCUAAACAUCAGAGAAUCCACACAGGAGAGAGGCCCUAUGAAUGCAGUGAGUGUGGGAAAAACUUCACUAGCAACUCCGACCUUUCUAAACAUCAGAGAAUCCACACAGGGGAGAGGCCCUAUGAAUGCCGUGAGUGUGGGAAAAACUUCACUGACAGAUCAGUCCUUUUUCGCCAUCAGAGAAUCCACACAGGGGAGAGGCCCUAUAAAUGCAGUGAGUGUGGGAAAAACUUCAUUAGCAGCUCAGCCCUUUCUGCACAUCAGAGAAUCCACACAGGGGAGAGGCCCUAUGAAUGCAGUGAGUGUGGGAAAAGCUUCACUCAGAGCUCAGCCCUUUCUAAACAUCAGAGAAUCCACACAGGGGAGAGGCCCUAUGAAUGCCCUGAGUGUGGGAAAAGCUUCACUCACAGCUCUCACCUUACUUCGCAUCAGAGAAUCCACACAGGAGAGAGGCCCUAUGAAUGCAGUGAGUGUGGGAAAACCUUCAUUACCAGCUCAGCCCUUUCUGCACAUCAGGGAAUCCACACAAGCGAGAGGCCCUAUGUAUGCAAUGAGUGUGGGAAAACCUUCACUCAAAGAUCAGGCCUUUUUCAGCAUUGGAGAAUCCACACUGGGGAGAGGCCCUACAAAUGCCAUGAGUGUGGGAAAAGUUUCAUUAGGAGCUCAGGCCUUUCUAAACAUCAGAGAAUCCACACAGGGGAGAGGCCUGAGGAACCACCUGAUCAGCAUCUUGUACAGCAGACAGGAGAAGAUCAAGAAUGAGCUCUCAAAACUGGAGACUCUCAUACAAAACCAACCUUCCACACAAACUUCCACAUGGCUGGACUUGACAAAAAUGAGACAAGCCGUUUACAAUACACACUUCAUUUCUCUACAGAGGAAAAAGUAAGACAGUAAACUAUCUAAACUCCUACCUCCCACAGGGGGCUAGAACAAUGGCACCCUCAACUCACCUAACAAUAUUGUUAGUCCAUCCAACCACACACUUAGCCCGUCAGAAGAGUCUGUCCUAUCUCGGGGACUCUUUCUGUCCCACCAUCCCCACAAACAUGAUACAGUUUUGCAGUGAACUGGAAGCCUACUUUCGUCGUCUCUUGACUCAAGGAAUAUUUUCAAUGCACCAGUGAACAGAGCACUAGCCCACAGGAACCCUCCUACCAACACUACAAGAACAAGAACUCUGCGUGGACUCCUCCUGACGGUCGAAAUGACAGAGUGGACCUCUACAUAGAGUGCUUCCGCAGAUGUGCACAGGCUGAAAUUUGAACAAACAACAUCGCUUGCCCCAGAACCUCAGCCAUACAGAAUGCAAUGCCAUCCACAGCCUCAGAAACAACUCUGACAUUAUAAUCAAGGGGGCUGACAAAGGAGGUGCUGUAGUCAUAAUGAACAGGUCGGAUUAUGAGCAGGAGGCUGCGUGUCAACUCUCCAAGACCACAUUCUACAGGCCACUAUCCUCUGAUCCCACUGAGGAAUACUAAAAAACUACACCAUCUGCUCAAGAAACUCCCGGCUACAGUAUGGGAACAAAUCUACACGGGGACAUCCCCAGAGUCCCAACCAGGGCUAUUCUAUCUGCUAUCCAAGAUCCAUAAACCUGGAAACCUUGGACUUUCCAUCAUCUCAGGCAUUGGCACUCUUACAGCAGCAUUAUCUGGCUAUUUGGACUCUCUCCUCAGACCCUACGCUAUCAGGACUCCCAGCUAUCUUUGAGACACCACCGACUUCCGAGGAAACUACAAUGCAUUGCUGUUCUUCCUGAAAACACCAUCCGGGACACCAUGGAUGUAGAAGCGCUUUACACCAAUAUUCCACAUGAGGAUGGACUACAAGCUGUCAGGAACAGUAUCCCUGAUGAGGCCAAAGCAUGCCUGGUGGCUGAGCUUUGUGACUUUGUCCUCACCCACAACCAUUUCAGAUUUGGGGACAACUUAUACCUUCAAGUCAGUGGCAUUGCUAUGGGUACCCGCAUGGCCCCACAGUCUGCCAACAUUUUUAUGGCUGACUUAGAACAACGCUUCCUCAGCUCUUAUCCCCUAGUGCCCCUCCCCUACUUGCGCUACAUUGAUGACAUUUUCAUCACAUGGACCCACGGAAAGGAAGCCCUUGAAGAAUUCCACCUCGAUUUCAACAAUUUCCACCCCACCAUCAACCUUCAGCUUGGACCAGUCCACACAAGAGAGACACUUCCUGGACACUACAGUGCAAAUAAGUGAUGGUCACAUAAACACCACCCUAUACCAGAAACCUACUGACCGCUAUACUUAGCUACAUGCCUCCAGCUUCCAUCCAGGGCACAUCACAUUAUCCAUUGUCUACAGCCAAGCCUAAGAUACAACCGAAUUUGCUCCAACCCCUCAGACAGAGACAAACACCUACAAGAUCUUUAUCAAGCAUUCGUAAAACUACAAUACCCACCUGGGGAAGUGAGGAAACAGAUUGACAGAGCAAGACGGAUACCCAGAAAUCACCUACUACAGGACAGGCCCAACAAGGACAAUAACCGAACACCACUGGCCAUCACAUACAGCCCUCAAGUAAAACCUCUUCCGCGCAUUAUCAACGAUCUACAACCUAUCCUGGAAAACGAUCCCUCACUCUGGCCUUGGCUACACUGGCGCUGUACAGCACUGCAACUUGCUGCGCUCAGGGGUGUGAAAAAACACCCCCCUGAGCACAGCGAGUGCAGCACUGUAAAGCUCCAGUGUAAUCAGCGCCUGCAGCGCUGCAAGCUACUCCCCUCGGAGCUGUGAAUCCUCAAGUGUAGCCAAGGCCUCUCACCGAUCUUGGGAGGCAGGCCAGUCCUUGCUUACAGACAGGUUUUUUGUGGGGGAGGGAUAGCUCAGUGGUUUGAGCAUUGGCCUGCUAAACCCAGGGUUGUGAGUUCAAUCCUUGAGGGGGCCACUUAGGGAUCUGGGGUAAAAAUCAGUACUUGGUCCUGCUAGUGAAGGCAGGGGGCUGGACUCGAGGACCUUUCAGGGUCCCUUCCAGUUCUAGGAGAUCGGAUAUCUCCAUAUAUUAUUAUUAUUUAUUAUAUACCUCACUAUCACUACUGAUAUGUUGUGUGGUUGGUGAAGUAUUCUACACCAGAGAAGUGUAAAAUUACUCCAAAUAAGGUCAAAGAUUUGACAAGAACUCAGGUAGAAAUUGCAGGUACUGGUGGUUGAUUUUCAUCCCAGAGAUGGAAGCUAUGGUGACCUGUGGCCCAGGUAAAGUAUUUUUAGAACACUGUUCCCUAGUUAAGUGGCAUUGAUCACACUCCUAAAGGAUGCCAUGAUUAAAUUGGGAACAACUGUCUUUACCAUUUGGAUCCAAAAUUUCAUGAAGCACAGAGAGAAUCAUAGAAGAUUAGGGUUAGAAGAGACCUCAGGAGGUCAUCUAGUCCAAUCCCCUGCUCAAAGCAGGACCAACACCAACCAAAUCAUCCCAACCAGGGCUUUGUCAAGCUGGGCCUUAAAAACCUCUGAGGAUGGAGAUUCCACCACCUUCCUAGGGAACCCAUUCCAGUGCGUCACCACCCUCUUAGUGAAAAAGUUUUUCCUAAUAUCCAACCUAGAUCUCCCCACCUUGCAACUUUAGACUAUUGCCCAUUGUUCUGUCAUCUGCCACCACUGAGAACAACUGAGCUCCAACCUCUCUGGAACCCCCCCCUCCUUCAGGCAGUUGAGGGCUGCUAUCAAAUCCCCCCUCACUCUUCUCUUCUGCAGACUAAACAAGCCCUGUUCCUUCAGCCUCUCCUCCUCAGUCAUGUGCCAGCCCCCUAAUCAUUUUUGUUGCCCUCCUUUCUCUAAUGGGGGGCCUAAAACUGGAUGCAAUACUCCAGAUGUGGCUUCACUAGUGCCGAAUAAAGGGGAAUAAUAAUUUCCCUCGAUCUGCUAGCAAUGCUCCUACUAAUGCAGCCCAAUAUGCUCUUAGCCUUCUUGGGAACAAGGGCACACUGCUGACUCAUAUCCAGCUUCUCAUCCACUAUAAUCCCCAGGUCCUUUUCUGAAGAACUGCUGCUUAGCCAGUCGGUCCCCAUCCUGUAGCAGUGCAUGGGGUUCUUCCUUCCUAAGUGCAGGACUCUGCACUUGUCCUUGUUGAACCUCAUCAGAUUUCUUUUGGCCCAAUCCACUAAUGUGUCUAGCUCACUCUGGACCCUAUGCCUACCCUUCUGCGUAUCUGCCUCUCACCCCAGCUUAGUGUCAUCUGUGAACUUGCUGAGGGUGCAAUCUAUCCCAUCAUCCAAUUCAUUAAUAAAUAUGUUGAACAAAAGUGGCCCCAGGACUGACUCCUUGGGCACUCCGCUUAAUACUGGCUGCCAACUAGACAUUGAGCUGUUAAUCGCUACGUGUUAAGCCUGACAAUCUAGCCAGCUUUCUAUCCACCUUAUAGUCCAUUCAUCCAAUCUGUACUUUAACUUGCUGACAAGAAUACUGUGGGAGACCAUAUCAGAAGCUUUGCUAAACUCAAGAUAUAUCACAUCCACUGCUUUCAACAUAUCGCCAGAGCCAGUUAUCUCAUCAUAGUAGGCAAUGAGUGUUGGUCAGGCAUGACUUGCCCUUGGUGAAUCCAUGUUGACUGUUCCUGAUCACCUUCCUCUCCUUCAAGUGCUUCAAAAUGGUUUCCUUGAGGACCUGCUUCAUGAUUUUUUCAGGGACUGAGGUGAGGCUGACCGGUCUGUAGUUCCCUGGGUUCUCCUUCCCUUUUUUAAAGAUGGGCAUUAUAUUUGCCUUUUUCCAGUCAUCCUGCACCUCCUCUGAUUGCCAUGAGUUUUCAAAGAUAAUGGCCAAUGGCUCUUCAAUCACAUCAGCCAAUUCCCUCAGCAUCCUCAGGUGUAUUAGAUCUGGACCCAUGGACUUAGGCAUGUCCAGCUUUUCUAAAUAUUCUUUAACCUGUUCUUUCACUGCUGAGGGCUGCUCACCUCCUCCCCAUACUGUGUUGCCCAGGACAGCAGUGUGGGAGCUGACUUUGGCCUGGUCUACACUAUGAGUUUAAUUCGAAUUUAGCAGCGUUAAAUUGAAUUAACUCUGCACCCAUCCACACAACGAAGCCAUUUUUUUAAAAUAAAGGGCUCUUAAAAUCGAUUUCUGUACUCCUUCCCAACAAGCAGAGUAACGCCAAAAUCGAUAUUGCCAUUUUGAAUUAGGGUUAGUGUGGACGCAAUUCAAUGGUAUUGACCUCCAGGAGCUAUCCCACAGUGCACCAUUGUGACCGCUCUGGACAGCAAUCUGAAUUCAGAUGCACUAGCCAGGUAGACAGGAAAAGCCCCGCGAACAUUUGAAUUUUAUUUCCUGUUUGCCCAGCGUGGAGAGCACAGGUGACCACAGAGAGCUCAUCAGCACAGAUAACCAUGGAGGCCGAUAAUCGAAAAAGAGCACCAGCAUGGACCGUAUGGGAGGUACUGGAUCUGAUGGCUAUAUGCGGAGAGGAUUCAGUGCUAGCAGUACUUCGUUCGAAAAGACGAAAUGCCAACACUUUUGAAAAAUUCUCCAAGGGCAUGAUGGAGAGAGGCCACAAUAGGGACUCGGAUGAGUGCUGCGUUAAAGUAAAGGAGCUCAGAGAAGCCUAUCAAAAAACAAAGGAGGCAAGCUGUCACUUCGGGUCUGAGCCGCGGACAUGCCGCUUCUACACCAGCUGCAUGCAAUUCCUGGGGAGGUUGCCACCACUACCCCACCUCUGACCGUGGAUUCCGAGGUGGGGGUAAUCUCAUCAGCCACACCUGAGGAUUCUGCGGACGGGGAAGAGGAGGACAAGCUUGUGGAGCGGACACAGCACUCCAUUCUCCCCAACAGCCAGGAUCUUUUUCUCAGCCUGACUGAAGUACCCUCCUAAGCCAGUAUCCAAGACCAUGACCCCAUGGAAGAGACCUCAGCAGCUGCAAAUUUUUCAAGCCUCCCUCCUCCUUCCCGAAGGCUAUCUCAGAUAAGGUGUUGGAAAAAG